AUGGCCACCGGCCCCAACGUAGCCAUCGGCCUCACGGUCAUCUUCCUCGUCGCGCUCUGCUGCUGCGUCGCCUACAAGGGCAAGGUCUGGGUGAAGCAAUUCGCCGUCAUGAUGUUCGAGUCCAAGAAGGCACAACAACAGGUAAACCAGCGGCGCGCACGGCGAGAGGAGCGCGAGCUGGCGGAGGAGGAGGAGUCCGACCUCUCUCCCUCCUCGAACCCUCGCGGCGGCCACAUACACAAACUGCGCAGCUCCAAGACAAAUAUAAAAACCAUGGCCGUCCACCCAGCAGGAACAGGAGCCAUGCGCGCAGCUGUACGAACAAUAAUAUCAUCACGACCCGGCACUACCACGACACCACAUAGCUUCAUCUCUCGCCCCCGCCAUGUAACAACACCAACAACAAAGAUCAAGACCUUCUGUACGACUACACCGGCGCGAGCGCCUAUUCCCACUUCUUCGACAUCGUCUCCAGCCCAGCCGUCGGACAGCAGCAAUGGCCGGACGACGCACUUCGGCUUCCAGGACGGCCUGUCCGAGACGGAGAAGACGGAGCGCGUAGCGGGCGUCUUCCACAGCGUGGCCGAGUCGUACGACCGCAUGAACGACCUGAUGUCGUUUGGGGUACAUCGCAUCUGGAAAGACCACUUCGUAACCUCCCUCAACCCAGGCCUCUCCUCCGCCACCCCGCCGACCCCCCAGCGCAUCCUCGACAUCGCCGGCGGCACGGGCGACAUCGCCUUCCGCAUGCUGCACCAUGCGCACGUCCUAAACCACAACCCCAACGUCCACGUGACCAUCUCCGACAUCAACGCCUCCAUGCUCGCAGUCGGAAAAUCACGAUCCCAAUCCCUCCCAGCAUCCCAACAAGCCGCACUCUCCUUCCUCAAAGCCGACGCCACGUCCCUCCCCCCGCAAAUCCCCUCCGCCUCCAUCGACCUCUACACCGUCGCCUUCGGGAUCCGCAACUUCGCCAACAUCCCCCUGGCCCUGCGCGAGGCGCACCGCGUGCUGAAGCCGGGCGGCGUCUUCGCCUGCCUCGAGUUCAGCAAGGUCAACAAUUUCGUGUUGGACGCCGCAUAUAAGCGCUGGAGCUUCGGCGCCAUCCCGCUCAUCGGCCAGCUGGUCGCCGGCGACCGCGACAGCUACCAGUACCUCGUCGAGAGCAUCGAGCGCUUCCCGAGCCAGGAGCGCUUCCGCCGCAUGAUCGAGGACGCAGGCUUCGUCGUCGGCGGCAGGGGGUACGAGGACCUGACGGGCGGCGUGGCCGCCAUACACAAGGGGAUGAAGCCUCUGUGA